AUGAAGUGCCUGUGGGUCGAGAAUAGGGAAGCAAUUAAAGAGCACAAAACGUGGCAGCUAGAAUUAAAAAGACAAGUUUCCGGACUAAAAGGUCAUCCAGUAUUACAUCAUGUUACCUGUCGUGCUUGGUGAUCGCUAGAUGAAGAGAACUAACGGUUUUUCUUUGAGACUUUGUUUUAUCUAUGUCAGCAAGAGCCACAAUAUUAUGGCUCUUGAUGUCACUUAACUUAGGGAACCAUUUUUUUAAAAAAUGGAUUUUUUUUCUCAAGCAGAAAUUAGGACCUGAGCUAUUGACUAUGUCUUAUUUUCGUAGGUUAAAUAUACUUUCAUUUUAAUUAGUUCUUUUUUUCUUUACAUCUGGUUUUAGUUGUUUAGUACUAACUGAUAUCGUAUAGCCUAUACGUAGGUCACGGUUACCUGGAUUUUCUUUAAAUGUCUUUUGUUUUUUAGAAAAUGCCACGGAGGAGGACAAACGGCAGUUAGUUCGGGAAAUUGAGCUGAUGAAGGAAGUCGGAACACACCGUAAUAUUGUGAGCAUGCUCGGGUACUGGAUCCAAUCACCUCCCAUUAUGUUAAUCAUGGAAUAUGUUCCAAACGGAGAUCUUCUUCAGUGGCUCAGAAACAAAAGGCGACAGGUAUCAUUACUUUACUUUUGUUUAAAAAAAUAUCUUCUCUCCAUUCGCAAUAGGGCUACGUACAGGUAUUAUUUAUAGACCUCAAACUCAGACAAACAAAUUCCUCAAUUUUGUUUGUUUUUUUGUCAUUGAAAUGUCAAGUUUCUCUGACUUUUGUCAAGAAAAUAACAAAAACUGCAAAUUUCAGACAAACAUGGCAAAUUAGUCACUCUGAAGUCAUUAGUAUUCUGUGCUGCACUUUAAUUUUCUAAUGAACAUCGUCCUGGGCGUGUAUGUUCUUUUUCUUACAUUGUGUGGUCUCUUAAGGCAGAAGGAAAAUCGUCUAACUCGUCACACGUCUAAAAACCAGCUCCUUCAGUAAAAAUAUUAAGAUGCUAAACAACGUGAUGUGAGAAUAUGUACAUGUUACCUAUGAUUUAAGUUCUCAAAGACAGAGGUGCGCUUAAAAAUGUAAAUAUCAAUGCAACCGGAUAUUCGUACCUUUCCAAACGCGGUUUAUACAGCCAGACUGUUGAGAUGCUAUUCAUGUAUUCGGAAAACAAAGAUCGGUAAAUACACAAAAAUUUGUGUUCAACACUGAGUUAAUAAAGUCAAGCUUGCCCCGUUAGGAUCAGUUAAGGUUUCCGGGAAACUGCCCACCUAUCCCUCCCCUAAGCCAUAUUUUGCCCUAAGUGAGAAGGUCGUGUUAAUGUUGUCUUAGGGGAGAGGUAGUUGGUCAGAAAAGAAGAAACAAACCUUGACGUUUUGAGCGUUUCCCCCCAGGGGGUACUCCCGCCCGAUAGGAUGAGGAUGUCCAUCCUUAAAUAUGGUAUCCUUGUUGCCCUUAUUAGCGCAGUGUUGCCGAUGUGAUCCUUAGAUAGGGUACCGUUAUUCUAUCAGGGAAAAUUCACGUGCGUUAAUGCCCAACAAACGAGAAACAAAUCUUAGAUCUGUUAAGACUGAACUUUACCCUAGAGGAGCGCGAUCUUUUUCUAUUAACUCUUAGGUUUUGUUUUUCCCUUGAACUGGGCCUCAUUUUUCUUUUUUGGGUCUUCAAUAGGAUAUCAUAUUGGUUUUCGCUUGUCUCAACUUUUCGAAAUUUUUUGGAGUUCCCCCUCCCCCCAGGAGGGUGUUAACCUUUUCUGGUCAGAAUGAAUCACGGGAUUACUAAUGGUGGAGCUACUCCAUUGUUUGAACAUGGUAACAAGACAAGAAUAGUUUACUUCAACGAACGCUUUUCAUUCUAGUAAUUUACUUAUUUCUUUUCUCAUUUUCCCAUGUAUUCGCCAAUAGUUGAGGUCCGCCAUUUGAUAAACCGUCCUUGAUUCGAGCUGACAAAGGGCUUCUACUCAAAAUGCCCGUCAGCUUUUCGAUCCACGGUCUUUCAAUGGUGGCAAGAUGAGUCAUUCAAAUCAAUCGAUAACACCAGAGUUUUGCUUUUCACCCUUCGACCGACGUAGUAGAAAAGUUUCUUUUUAAAAAACCCUUCAAAAUAUUUUGGAGAGAUAAUGAUUGUCCGUCCAGAGUUUCAAAACCGCCAACCGGUUAGCUCAAUGGGAUAAGCGCCGGUCUGCUGAGCGGGAGGCCGUAGGUUCAAACCCCGGCCGGAGCAACACUCAGGGUCUUUAAAUAGCUGCGGAUAAAGUGCUGCCUUUGGAUAACAUCUACAAACGGUUUGACUUUCUAAAUGCACAGGAAUUAUUCGUAAAUCCAGUUUCUAUUUAUCCACGAAAACCUUACGAACACUAUAUUUUUCUCUAGUCUAUCCAUACCUUUUUUACUGCAACUUAGUUUGGGCCUCUACUUACAGAACUAACCUUAUUCGUCUUGAGAUUUUACAGAAACGAGUGAUCAGAACUAUAGCUAAGACCACUUUCGAUGCACAUACUGAUCCAAUCUUUCAAAAUCUUGGUAUCUUAAAAUUUCAUGAUAUAUACUUAAUACAACUAGGCUUAUUCAUGUACUCCUAUCAAAACCAUACUCUACCUUUAAAAUUUCAUUGUAAAUUUACCUUACAAAGUCAAAUUCAUUCGUAUAAUACAAGAAACUCGUGUAAAUUUCGUCUGCCUUUCUGUCGUACUCGAACCAAGCAAUUUUCCGUUUUUUAUCAAGGACCUAAAUUUUACAACACCUUAAACACCAACAUCAUCAACGCUUCCUCACCUUUCUCCUUUAAAAGAGCACUUAAGGCAUUUAUUUGUAAUAAUUAUUAGUAUACUGCAACAAAAAUCUUGGGAAAAAGCCUUUUAAUAUUCAACAUUUGUACAUGUAAACUUCCGUAAUAUUGAUUAGUUUAAUUUUUCACCUGAUAUUAUACUGUACCCGUCGCCGUAAUUUUUAUGCCAUCUUCGAAAAAUUGUAAUUGAGGAGGCCUAAUUAAACAGGGCUCUAUAGUUUCUUUUAGGCCUCCUCGCCAUCUCUUCCUACAUUUUUUUUUUUUCUUUUGGCAUCUUUAAGUAAUGUAAUUGUGUGGCAAAUAAAUAAAAAUACCUAAAAAUACCUAGUCUUCUCGGAUAAGGACGAUAAACCGUAGGCCCCGUCUCAAAAGCCCUUGCACAUGUAAUAAAUCUGUGGGACGUUAAAGAACCCACACACUCUUGGUAAAGAGUGGGGCACGUAGUGCCGGGUGUAAUGGUUUAUCUCACUUUCACACUCAUGUAUGGGGCAUCAUUACACGUUCCUUCAUUACUUGUAAACUGCACCUUAAGCAGUCUGGCAAAGUCGCCCAAACAGUGUUGUAAAUUAUCCCUGAAAAGCCCUGAGGGGAGUGGAUAAUAUGAUAAUUACACACACAUUACCUUUAUACGUCCCGAAAGCCCUGUACGAGAAAUGACGUCACAAGUGACAUUAGGUCAAACCAAAUAUCAAGAAGCACACGUCGCGUUUUUGGGACUGUGUAUCUUAAAAUGUCAUAGAAAAUUGUAACAAAGCAGAAGAAAAGCUUUGUUUCUAUUACAGUUUAUAUUAAUCCAUUUGAAUCUUCCGUGGAGGAUUUAAAGAAAGUUGGUCCAUACGGUAUUCCCGGCUAGAUUUUCAGUUUAACGUCGGUUAAGUAAUCUUUCAAAUCACAUGGAUUUCCUAUAAAUGGGUAAAAAUAUUUCGACCAACCAACUGAUAGUGGUGAAAUUGUUUCUGCUGACAAAACCCUUUCAUGAUCAGACGGAAUUCAUUUCUCAAUAUUUUUUUUGCAGCUUACAAUGAAAAAGAGUUGGCAAAGUGAUGUCGUUGAAAGGCUUAAGCCUCCUGUUCCUGAGAGACCGAAAUUGGUGUCCAGGAACCUGCAAACAAAAGAUGUCCUGGAUGAAAACCUGAAAGAGGAGAACAGGGAAAGAAAUGAUGAAGAAAGUGGAAAAGACGGUGGUUAUCAUUCCAGCGGGACGAAGGAAAUUAAAAUCGACCUGGACGACGUUGAAAGAGGAAUUAUAAUCAACGAUGCUCCUCGAUCUGAGAUGGAACCUCUCUGCUCAAGCCUGGAAGACGAAGAUGACAAGGAGGAAGAAGAGAGUGACGAUGUCAACACGUCAUUUCUACAAACUGAAGAGCGAAAGGGACCGGUUACGUCGGUGAUGGUGUUACCUUCGAUCAGUAUUGCCCAUUUCUCCAAAGAAAACGAGCUCACUCCCGCUGAGCCUUUAAGAAACGUCGAGGAAAAUAUCACCAUCGAGAAAGAAGAAGGCAGCUGUGAGGGCAAGGAAGAUGAUGAAGAAGACAUUUCUGGGAAAGAAGUUCUAUGUUAUGCGUGGCAGAUUGCUAAAGGGAUGGUAAGAACUUUUUCGACUGAAGAAUGUCUUUAGCAAUUUAGUCAUCGUUUGCAAAUCACAAAAAUCUACCUCUUCCUCGUAUUUAAAAUACUGUACUACUAGUUUUUAUGUGUCUGCAAGUAUUAUGCUGUCCGGUCAUGAGACGGCAAAUUUUUCAAGCAUUCAAAUUGCUGCGUUAAUUAUAACAGACACAUAAAAUUGAGCCGUUUGAUUUUAAAAAAGGUCUAAAACGAGUUUUUUUUUAUAGCCCGAGAAGCCUAAAAAUCACAUGGAGCCGUCGUGAAGGUACCUAAUGAAAAAUCAGGUCCGUUCGUAUUUUCCAAAAGGCGUCUAAUGAAUACAGCCAUAUGACCUGGAUAAGGCUAAGCUAUCAGUCAUUUAAUUUGAAUCGUGCAAGCCUGACAUUCAGGGACGUAGCCAGCUUUUUGGCUAGUUGUAGGCCUGUCUGACUUUCACUUCCACAUAUCCUGAAAAUUGUACGCAUGACUAGUACGCACUGACCUCACCAACACUUUGAGCUCUUGUGUUUUUUCAGCUCACUCCAACAACGCAUAAUUUAUUGCAAGCAGUAGAGUGAUCAAACCAAAAAUUUGAAGGCCUGGGCCCACAGGGCUAUGAGCUGGCUACGCCCCUGAGAAAAGAAGGGAAGUAGAGGGAAGAAAAAGCAAUGGUUAAAUAUGUUUUUGGGACUGGAAGACUGAGCAGCAAGUACUUUUUAGAUAAAUACUCCCGUAAUCGGAAUCUUGGAAAGCACAAUAAACGGUCUGCAAGUGGAACUGAUGGCUGAAGCUAAGGGUGGCUCAGCUGUAUAUUUGGCUUUUGGGUUUAGCAAAUAACACUCUCCCAGUGAUCCGCAUAAAUCUGCCUCAUCCACUAAUUGCUGUUUAUUCAUUGGUAUGAAUGAACCCUUUUUAACGAAAAAAAAUCUAAUCUCUAAAUGAAUAAUGUUCACUGAGGUAUGCCUCUUUGGGUGACUUCGAAAUAGAAAUCAGCAGUAUAGUAAGAACCAAUAGGUUUUUAUUUUUUUUCCGGGCGUGGCAGUCCAAGGGGGGCUUGAUUCCACUCACCCCAAGUCUCCCUGAAAAACAGCAUUUAAUUAAGUGUAAACCGGUGUCAACGGGCUUUCUUUCGCGGUUGAAAAACUUAAAAACCUUAUUUUUCAGCCAAUCUUCAUCCCUUCGAGUUAUCGAGGGUAAAAUUGUAUGAAAGUGAUCUGAAAGAAAACAAAAAUUGCUUCGAGUUAGCGGGAGUUUCGAGUUAUCGAGGGUUCGAGUUACCGACGGUAAAUUACAGUAAAGGAAAUCAGGGGAAAUCGAUUCUGGUUCGAGUUAGCACAAGGUUCGAGUUAGCGAGGGUUCGAGCUGGAGUCGACUGUAGUUCACUUAGCUUGUUCAACGGCUUUUUAUGCUGAAAAGUAUACGUCGCGGGGAUUUCUUGGCCAGUUCCUUAAUUUGUUUCUUGUUUUCCAACAGCUGUGACGGAAAUCCUCCCUCCAUUCUUCAUGAAUAGACCGACGAUCACUUCCUCCCGCUUUCCGGACCGUUUGCCAGGCACAGCUUGCAGUAGCCUGUUCCAGGCUCUCGAUAGUAGGGGUGGCACCGGCAAAAAUAAGGCAAAAAAGCGUAAGGCACCGACAAAAAUAUAAAAGCGUGAUCCAGGAAAAAGGGGCGGUGGCGGCUAUCUUUGAGCCUGGAACAGACGUUUCAUUGUACUUGGUUGCUUUUCCGCCAGAUCGUUAAAUCGGGAGUUCGUUUACAACGAUAUCCCGAUUAAACUGCUAUCCCAUGCCAUAUCGUAAAAUCGAGCUUCCAUUUUAAUUUCAUAUUGGAAAUUUUUUGUUGAUCUAAAGGUAUCUGGUAACUAAAAAUUGUUUGAGAAAUAAUUUCGGUAUUUCUCUGCCAGGAAUACUUGGCCAGCAAAGGAUUCAUUCAUCGUGACCUGGCAGCCCGUAAUAUCCUACUUGGUGAGGACAAGGCGGUGAAGAUUGCUGAUUUUGGUUUGUUACGCCGCGCAAAUGAGAGUGAAAUAUACGAAGUUACAAGCGUACACAAGCUACCAAUGAAAUGGAUGGCACCUGAGGCGUUGGGAAGCGGCAUUUUUACUUUCAAGACUGACGUGUAAGCAUAUGUUAACGAGGUCACAGUGAGGCCAAGCUUAGGCUUCCUUUGAUGCGGUGUGAAGUUGAGGUUUUAGAUAACAUAGACCUUGCAAUGUACUGUUUAGAACUGUCUGGAAAAAAAAACAAAAACAAAAAAAACAAAACAAAAGAGCACAAUUUUGAUCAUGACACUGUCUACAUUAGCGGUUUAAGACUCCGAUUGCUUUUGACUACACCCUUGAUGGCACAGCCCUGACACGCGUUUCACAAGAAAAAGAUCUUGGCGUCAUCAUAACUAGUACGCUCUCUUGGGACUCACACAUCCACACUAUCACUGCGAAAGCAAACAAGCUUCUUGGUUUGCUUAAACGGACUUGUCCCCUGCUUACUAGCGUCUCUGUUAGGGGCUCACUCUAUUUGUCUUUGGUCAAGUCACAGCUGUGUUACGCCACCUAAGUCUGGUCGCCCGCUUACGUUACUCUGAAUGCUAAGGUGGAACAGGUGCAGAGACGUGCAAGCAGGUGGAUUUUACGCAUGCGCAAAGACGAGUCGUCGUACAAAGAGCGGCUGAUUUUGCUAGACUUACUUCCACUUUCUCUAGAUCGUGAACUCAAAGACUUGAUACUUUUUUAUAAAUGCCUUUACUGUUAGUAGUACCCAUCUAGAUGUUCGGAAUUAUGUAUCUUUUGUUUUUCAUGAUCAUACAAGACUAAGUAACUCAUUUAAUCUUCGCACCCCUUUUUGCGAAACAUCAUCUUUUCAGGCCUCGUACUUUAACCGUAUUGUUAAACUAUGGAACUAUGUUUGUAAGCUAGCACCCCCAACCAGUUUUUCCUCGCCUACUGCCUUUCAACUUUUUGUUCGCAAAUUAAUGAGCACUCACCUUUCGGGGGUAUAUGAAAUCAACUACCCCUACACGUGGACACUAGUCCCUACGUGCCCAUGCCACUCGUAAUUUAUUUUAUUUUUUGUACGAAUGUUUGUGCACUCAUUUUAUUUUUUUAAUCUAGGUCUUAAUCUAGGGACGGUGCCUCGCAUGGGACGUUAGUCCCGUUGCACAUACCCCUUUUGGGUUUUUUUUUGUGUUGUAUUAUAAAUUUAUAUUGUAUGUCACCAGAGGGGCACCCAAUAAAGCUGUGAAAAAAAAAAUUAUCACUCUAUCCAAAGAAUACUCAAAUGUUUGGAAAACAUUAGCCUGUUCCAGACUUGAAACUUGAAAAUAAGAUAUAUAAACAGAAUCUUUGAGCCGCUGAAAUUAAUCUGAGACGAUCUUGGAUCCUAGAUUCCACGCUCCACAUCCCGCAUUCCAAUACUAGAUUCCGGAUUCCAACUCAGUGUAUUCCAGAUUUCAAAAGGCCCAGAUUCCAGAAUUUCAUAGUAAGCAGGAUUCCGGAUUCCAAAGUCCAUGACACCAAACAAAAAUUUCCUGGAUUACCGUCCAUGGGGCGAGAUAAACAAAAUUGAUAUUUCUAUGAAGUUAAUUUCUUUAUCUGCUUCCUUUUACUGCAGAUGGUCAUUUGGAGUUGUUUUGUGGGAACUAGCCACCAUGGGUAAGCUAGUUUUAUAAAUCUUUGUAUACUGACGCUGGUAGAAUAAUACUCUAGUCAUUUUCCUAUACCCGAGGGAAUUGAGAGGAAUCCCCAAUGACAGUAGUCAGGGAAAAGCUGACUGUUCAGUUUUAGGAUAGCAGUAACGAGAGAAUCAAACCGCUUUAUAAAAGAAGCCAUUCUUGCAUAAUGUCGUGAUUGCUAAACAACUAGAAAAAAUUAUAGGCUAACUUCCGUCGCUCUCCCAGCGACUCUCCCAGCCGUCUUUACCGGGGAGGAGCGCAGGCUCAUAAUGAUCCAGCCUAUAAGUCAUACCCUUAACCACAACUUGACCUGAUAUCACCUGUCACUUGGCGAAAUGAAUACUCAGUAAUGCUAAACUUGGACAUUACGUUAUUUUAAUCCCUCUUGGAGAUUGGUAAAUUGAUAAUUCAUGAUGGUCAUUGAACUGAGUGGAGAGCAAUUUGGUCUGAAAUCAUACGCGUGAUUUCGCGCGCGAGUUCGAUUUGAGAUCAGAAGUAUGAUUUAAGGCUAAAAUUGCAAGACACGAAGUGAAAUUAUCACUUUGUUACAGCCAUUUUGAAAUCGCAGAAUUCAAUCCGUACCAGUAGUGAUUGGCCGUGGCACUGGAUAAGUUAGCUCGUUAUCCCCCAUACUCGUUAACAUAUAUUCUGAAGCCAUGCUAAGAGAUGCUUUAAGUGGUGUGAAUGAAGGUAUUCGAGUGGGAGGUCAUCUCAUUAAGACAGUGCACUUUGCGGAUGAUCAAGCAACCGUAGCCAGUUCAGUUAAAGGUCUGCAACUUAUGACGGGUAAAAUGCAGGAAAGCGCAGGGGAAUAUGAUGUGAAGAAAAUCAGUAGGAGGCCUGGUGAGGAAUUUACGAUCUUUCUUGAGGGUAAUCAAUUAAGUCAAGAAUCGUCUCAAUUUAACUACCUUGGGAGCCUUAUUACACAGGAUGGAUCCUGUGAAAAAUAAAUUAGAUCGAGAAUAGCCCGAAAACGCGUUUACUAAGAAAAAAGAACUGCUGACAAAAGCCUUCAGUGCGCUAGCCUUUGCCUGAAGAAGAGAAUUAUACAGACUGUCAUCUGGGGUACUCUUCUGAAUGGAGCCGAAUGAUAGACCUUAAAGAAAGAGGACGUGCGAAGGCUGGAAAGAUGUGGGAUGCGGCUUUGGAGAAAGGUUUUAAACAUAACUUGCUCUGACAAGGUCUGUAACGAAGACGUAUUGAGGCGUGUCGGUGAGGAGAGGGCCAUCAUAUCUGUUAUUAACAAAAGACAGAGAAUCUGGCUUGGUCAUACCCUGCGACAUGGUGAUCAUGUCCCAUUAGUUAUUGAGGGAAUAAUACCAGGAAAGAGACCACCUGGAAGACUUCGAGCGGGAAUACUGGUUAGAGUGACGGAUGACAGCUCUUACGUAGCGGUCAAGAGGCGUGUCUUAGAUCGAGAACCAUAAGGAAGGCUUGCCUGUGGGCAGAUCAAAUAGCCUGUUGAAAAGCGGAAACAAAAGGACUUUUACAUCUCAUUUUGUUUUCGAAACAGAAAUGAUGCGAUAUAAAGCAAGGUGCGACGGUGCGACGUGGUUUAGAACGUAUAUAACGCGAUUUAGAACAGAUGUGAUUGUGUGAUUCGUAAAUAAAUCACUCUGCUGAGAGCCAAUCAGAUUGCAGAGAUCACCAGCGAUUUCAAAAUGAAAAAUUAGAAAAGCCUGAUAAUCUUUGAUAAGACAGCAUUGAUCUUUAUUUUGCUAUUUCAGGGGGUACUCCAUACCCUGGGAUAACCCCUAUGAGGCUAUGCAGUUUACUUAACUCUGGAUAUCGGAUGGAGAAACCCAACACGUGCAGCGAUGAAAUGUAAGUCAGAAUAGAAAUAAUAAAAGAGGUCCGAAAAGAGGGCACGAUGAAAAAAUACUUACAUAGUCCUUCAAACAGUUUUUUUUUUAAAUUGUCAGCCUUUUCAAAGGAGUGGAAACUGCAGCGCGCCUCUAUCCUUUACGUUGCACCAUUCUAAAAAGAGCCUAUAGAACAUAUUAAGUGUCUUCAAUAUUCAAAGUAAAUGGAGACAUAUCUUUGUGUAGUACUGUGGUAUUUUAAACUACGGCUUCCUUUCUCAACAGAUACAAAUUGAUGAUGGACUGCUGGAAGGAGGAUCCAAAUGAACGACCCUCAUUCAUUCAACUAAUCCCGAUACUAGAAGAGAUGAUGACAGAAGAUACCCCUUACUAUUAUUUCAGACUAUUGGAUCAGACCCAGCCAUGUUACCGUGAGGCAUCCGCUACUAACACCAGUAAAACUAGUACUCUUGAUACGAAGUAGUAAUUUCUAUAGGGUCUCUAUAGUUUAAUUUUUGCCAAAGCACCUUUUUUUUCUUUAGAUUGUUAUAGGGGUCUCGGGGAAAAGGUGGGGGCUCCAGUAUGAAAGCAUAGGGGAAUGCUCGACGGAUAAGUAGAUUAUAAUAAUUGCAGUUGCACCGUCAGCAACACCAAGAAACUAUACCAAGAAACUGAACACCGUUGUUUUCAUCCUCACUGUUUGCCAGUAUUCAUAACCAGUCUAGAACACUCUCUAACUCAGGAUGACAACGUCUUUUCAUAGAAGAUAUUUCUUUACGCACAACCCUAAAGCUACGCACAAACGGACGCAACAACUUCCAACAAUGAUGAACAAUGUUGCAAGUUGUUGGCCAACAUAGUUACGUCCGUUUGCAGGGG